AUGACUUCUUCCGUCUCAGCCUGGCUUUGGAGUGAGAGAUUUUGGCUUCCCGAAAAUGUCUCAUGGGCGGACCUGGAGAGUCCACCACCUGGUGUGGAGUAUCCCCGACUGAAACACAUAUUCAUCGCCUUGCCUUUGGCCGUCGGAGUUUUUCUCCUAAGACAACUUUUUGAAAGGCUAGUGGCCAAGCCCUGUGCCCACAUACUUCAGAUUCAGGCGGGAGUGCCUCGGCGAGCCCAGUCCAGUGAUGUCCUGGAGAGGGUGUAUCAGUCCAAAGCGUGUCCAGACACCAGGCAACUGGAGGGACUCUCCAAGCAGCUGGAUUGGGAUGUACGAAAAAUACAGAGAUGGUUUCGUGUUCGCCGGAACCAAGACAGGCCCAGUACGCAGAAAAAGUUCUGCGAGAGCAUGUGGCGGUUUACAUUUUACCUGGGGAUUUUCAUGUAUGCAAUUCGCCAUUUAUGGGUGUCACCUUGGAUGUGGGAUACCCGACAUUGUUGGUACAACUAUCCAUUUCAGUCUCUGAGCCCUGGACAGUACAACUACUAUGUAGCUGAGCUGGCCUUUUAUUGGUCUCUGAUGUUUUCCCAGUUCACAGACAUUAGGCGUAAGGAUUUCUUCAUCAUGCUUGUCCACCACCUGGCCACCAUCAUGCUCAUCACAUUCUCCUACGCUAACAACAUGUUAAGAGCUGGCACUCUGGUUAUGUGUGUGCAUGAUUUAUCUGACAUCUUUCUUGAGGCUGCAAAGCUGGCCAACUAUGCCAAGUACCAGAGGCUAUGUGAUGGCCUGUUUGUGGUGUUCAGCAUAAGUUUUUUCCUCACCCGGCUGGUCAUCUACCCUUUCUGGAUUGUUCACAGUGUUCUGUUUGAGAGUUGGGAAAUCAUUGGGCCAUACCAAGCCUGGUGGCUCCUCAAUGGUCUGCUGCUAGUGCUGCAGGUUCUUCACAUAAUCUGGUUCUACCUCGUCGCUCGCAUCGCCAUCAAAGCCAUAUUCAAGGGAAAGGUGUCCAAAGAUGACCGUAGUGACAUCGAGAGCAGCUCAGAUGAUGAGACAAGGACUAAACCUCCCUCUCAGACCCUCAUUCCAAAAGACAACAAUCACACUGCUAACCUAAAUGGAAAUACUCAUGACCAUUGAGUACCAUGGGUAGAUAUUUCCUCCUGUGUAGUUUCAAUCAUUCACGUGUGCCUGUGUGACCCACCUGAUGGAAAGACUUGAAUUUUUUUUACUUUAAAAAGAUAUGCUGAGUCAUUCAAACAGAGAGGUAACUUAAAUAAUGACAAGCUCCAUGUGUUGAAGACAGACUUAGCUUUGUCUUACUGAGUCAGGUUUACGCUGUGUGGGGUUUACACCUGCUUUUUGCUUACAGGAAUAGACAAAGAAGCGUGUGCACGGCUCCUUGUCGGCUCCUUUUUGUACGUGUGUGUGCUCAUAUGUUUGAAACUGCUUUGAGUGCAUAACUGUCAGAAGUCUUUUGUAUGUGUAAAUAGAUUUUAUAAGUGAAACUGGUAAUAUAUUCUAAAGCUGUAAAAGAAAUCACUGCAACUGCCUUUCAGAAUAUACUACAAAAUCUCUUUUGAUGCCAAAGAUAUCUUAAUUAAACAUUA